UUCAUACUGCAUAGCUGGUUUUCCAAGAAAUCGAUGCACCAGAACUUUUUCUCUAUGCGCACUUUCCUUGCUUAGCUCAAUAACUUUACAACUUACCCUGUUCCAACAGAUAAAAAGUCCUGCCUUCUGUAUUCCAACUCAGUCGCUGGUUUUGGGGAGUAACUAAUUGACUUACUCUGCAAGAAAUUCUGUUUUUUUUUUGUUUCCUUUGCUUAUCAACAAUGACAGGAAACUAGGAGUUGUUGCUCUGGUUGACUUAUUUUGAGGUUUUAGUUCAAUAAAAACAGACAUUCUGUAGAAUAAAGUUGUGUGUUUUGCUUGUUUCAUUCCUCCUUUCAUGGUACCCUUUUUAAGGUUUCUACAAUGGAGGACUGUAAAUAGUCAGUAUGCUGUAAAAUCAACUUCAGUGGAAUAAAAUUGAAGAACAGCCCAAAAGAUUUAAGAUUUGUUUAGAGAAACUUGUUGAAUAAAAGUAUAGGAGAAAUGUUAGCAGUAAAGCUUGGAAUUUGCUACAGUUAGUUAAUUCCAUUCAAUUGCAAUGUGCCCUGUUUUAUGCCAGUGAUAUAUUCCAGUCUGCAGAAAUCCAGACCCUAGUUGUCAUGAGAUUGAAUUGUUCAGCUGAAAAAUGAAAUGAUUCAGUCUAUUCAAUCUAGCCCUGAACAGACAUUAGGACCUAUGUGCUCUGCAGCUACUGGAUUAGAUAGAUCGCCCUGCCUAAGUUAAGGAAGCUGUUCUUGAAAGAAGCUAUGAUACAUGAGAUGAAUAUUUUGAAGCUUGUGGAAAAAUACAUUGGGUUGUUAGAGGAUGUUUGGAAGAAUGGGGAAUUGCUUUAUGCUCAGGCAUUCCAAAACUGUUAAGGAGAAGGGCCUUUUAAAGAAGAGGAAAAAGCCCCACACAAGUGAAUUUGUUUAUGCAGAAAUAGAUUCUGAGGUGUCCAAGCAAAGACCUAGACUGGAAGUGCAGAAGGAUCCAGAUAUGGAGGAAGUGAGGUUGAAGAUUGAUGGGUUGAAUGGGUCUGAUCUGGCAGCGUUUCAUGGCCUCACAAGGAAGGAUAUCCUCUGCCUUUUGGAAAGGAGUCUUAGUGAGAAGGAGAAGAUUUGCAGUCGCGGCAUAAGAAGAACUGAAACAAAGGUUUGUAGGCUCUCCAAGAAUGCUGCUGCCAAUGUCUCAGAUCUCUGUGUGCAUGUUGUCACCUGGAAUAUGAAUGGGAAGGUUGCUUGCCAUGAACUUCAUAAACUUGUUGGAGGGAGAGGAGAAAGCUUCGACUUGUAUGUUAUAGGAUUGCAAGAAGUUCCCAACUGCAAUGCUAGUUCUCUGAUUCUCAAUGCAUUGGGAGGAAACUACAGCUUGGUUGCUGCUUCUAUCAUGGUCUCUCUGCAGCUAUUCCUAUUUGCAAGGAAUGUUAUACAGCCUGUUAUAAAAGAUGUUAGAAUUGACAAGGUUGCAUUAGGGGGCUUGGGAGGCGUUGUAAGACGACAUAAGGGGGCGGUGGGCAUAGCUUUCAAAUACAGAGACACUUCCUUCCUUUUGAUUUCAUGCCAUCUAUCUCCUCACGAGAACAAUGUCCUGGAGCGAAAUGUUCAGUACCAGCGAAUUUGCCAAACCAUAUUUAGCAAAGCAAAGAGAAGUCCAAGCCGAAUCAACAGUCUUUCUCCUGCCUGGAAAACUCCAGAGCACGAAACUGCUUUAUCUCCUGCUGUUGGGCAGUCCGAUGUAGUGGUGUGGCUGGGUGAUCUUAACUACAGAAUCGAAGGAAGCAGAAAAUCAGUCAGUUUUCUCAUUAAUCAGAACCUCCAAAAGCUGCUGAGAGCAAAAGACCAACUUUCUAGAGAGGCAGAAAGAGGGGAGAUAUUCCAUGGCUUCUGCGAAGGUCCACUAUCUUUCAGACCCACCUACAAAUAUGAUAUCGGGACUGACAAUUAUGAUACCAGUGCUAAGGAAAGAGUUCCAUCAUGGACUGAUAGAAUAUUGUACAAAGUGAAUCGUGCAACAAAUGUGAAAGCCGACGUGCAGGACUAUGACUCUAUCGACCAUAUAAAGGCGUCGGAUCAUAGACCUGUUAAAGCUCUUCUAACCAUUCAUCUAGACGCCUUCACAUAACACAAAAUCUGUUAAAUAUUAACUGUUGUCUAUAGUUGAGGUAUAAAAAACUAUUCAUUAUAAGUUUUCCCCCAUUGGGGACCAUUUAUUUUUUGAUUCUUUUGAAUGUGGAGGAAUAAUAGAGGCUUAAAGCAAGAGCAUAUUCUAUUAUUAUUUCUAUUUCUAAUUGCUCUUAUUGCUCGAUUUUUGUUGAUAAUAUAUUGUAGACGUCUUCUUCAAGAUUCUAUGACCCCUGUUUAAAUAUCUUUGAUAUAAGAAAUUAUACUUGGUUUU